ACAAUGAUAAAAGAGAAUGCUGAUAUGUUGGAGGGUAACGACAAGUUUGAAGGAUAUUGUAUUGACCUGAUCCAUGAACUGUCUGCGAUUCUGGGAUUCAAGUACUCCAUUCAACUGGUGAAAGACAAAGCCCACGGCUCCAAGAACGAGAGGGGGGAGUGGAAUGGUAUGAUCCGAGAGCUGAUUGAUCGGGAUGCUGAUAUGGCGAUUGCUGACCUAACUAUGACCUAUGAGAGAGAAGAAUCCGUUGACUUUACAAUGCCAUUUAUGAACCUGGGAAUAAGCAUUCUCUUUAAAAAACCAACCGUCAAGGUUCCCAAAUUAUUCCAGUUCCUUGCUCCGCUUUCUUUGGACGUAUGGAUCUACAUGGCAACAUCCUAUCUUGGGAUAAGUUUGAUGCUCUUCAUCCUUGCUCGCCUGAGUCCGUACGAAUGGGACAAUCCUCACCCAUGUGACCCCGACAACGACGUAUUGGAAAACCAGUUUAAUCUGAAUAACAGUUUCUGGUUCAUAAUUGGUUCGUUAAUGCAGCAGGGAUCAGAUAUAGCACCUAAGGCUAUGUCAACUCGCCUCCUAGCGGGUAUAUGGUGGUUCUUCACGUUGAUUAUGAUUUCGUCGUACACCGCCAACCUGGCAGCUUUCCUUACAGCUGAAAGGAUGACAGCACCCAUUGGGAGCGCCGAGGAUCUUGCCAAACAGACAAAGAUCCAGUAUGGUUGUUUGAAGUCAGGAUCAACAAAAUCCUUUUUCCAGUCGUCCAACAUCCCGACCUACAAACGAAUGUGGGCAGCGAUGGAAUCAUCCCGGCCUACUGUGUUCGCAGAGUCCAAUGCGAAAGGUGUUGAGAGAGUACUGAAAGGAAACUAUGCUUACCUUAUGGAGUCCACUUCUAUUGAAUACAGAACUGAGAGAAACUGUGACUUAAUGCAGAUUGGUGGGUUAUUAGAUCAAAAAGGAUAUGGCAUUGCUACGCCACCUGGUUCGCCCUUCACGAACGCUUUAUCUAGUGCCAUUCUAAACUUACAGGAAGAGGGUAAGUUGCACGUGCUGAAAUCAAAGUGGUGGAAGAAAAAAGGAGGUGACAAAUGUACAGAAGAAGGGGGCAAAGCCUCGGGUUCGGAAAGUGAAAUGGGAUUGGCAAAUGUAGGGGGCGUCUUCGUAGUUCUUCUCAUGGGUCUAAGUGUAGCUUGUGUCAUUGCUGUCAUGGAGUUCGUAUGGAAAACGCAGAAGGUGGCCAGAGAAGAACGGGAAUCCAUGUGCACGGAGCUGAUACAAGAAAUAAAGCAAAUACUCCAUUGUCGAGGAUCCACGCGACCUGCUCCGAAAACACCCGAAGAAGGGUCUCAAGCAGAUAUCAUUACAAUCGCUUCGUUGAGAACAGUGAACACCGUGACCACGAGGCCGUGAUAUCGGUGUUUAUUAAUGCAUGCCUUUGUAUCUCAACAUAACUGCUUCUAGUUCUAAGAACUGUGUGCUUCGAUUUAUUUAUUUUAGUUAAGUGUUUGAAGAGACUAGGUUCAAGUAGGGAAAUUUUUUACAACACUAAAGUAAAAUUCUGAUUUACAACUUAAACUCGGUAUUUUUAAGCGUGUGUAUUUCUUCAGUCAAUUUAGUACUCAGUUGACUAUGGACUAAAAUAAUUAUGACUGCUUGCCGUAUAAUAAUAACCAUUACCAGAGUGGGGUCCAGGUUUGUUUCACCGAGCCGGGGUACAGGGCUUGGAAACUCUUGAGUUCUGGAUUAAAUUUUAUACAUUAUCCUGCUUUCAAGAGAGUAAUUUUCCUUAUUUUGAUUCAUUUUUACCGGGACAGGCCCUCCGCUUCCAAUGCCACUGGCAACGGAACCCAUAAUUCUUAGAAAACGUCUGACACAAAGCGAUGAAAGUCUGACGUUACGGACCACGGAACAUCCAAUCAGCGCUUUUGCUUAUCACAAAACUGCAUGACGACAACGUACUAACCCUGAUAAAGCCGAAAAAGGAGUUAAAAUCAAAGUUCUUUUAUAAAUGUCUGGAGUAUAAAUGUCCUUUUCUCUAAACUUU